UUUGCACGCCGUACCUAUAAAAUUCAUACAAGAAUCUCCUCCAAAAUCAACGAGUUUCAACCUUCAUCACAUCACAGACCUCGAAAAUGGCGGGUGCCGGCGGCGGAAAGGUCUCCUUCAAAGUCACUCUCACCUCAGACCCCAAGCUCCCAUUUAAAGUGUUUAGCGUUCCAGAGGCCGCGCCCUUCACCGCUGUCCUCAAAUUUGCCGCUGAAGAAUUUAAGGUGCCUCCGCAAACUAGCGCCAUCAUUACCAAUGAUGGCGUUGGAAUAAAUCCUCAACAAAGUGCUGGCAAUGUGUUCCUCAAGCAUGGCUCUGAAUUGCGCCUGAUUCCUCGUGAUAGGGUUGGAGCUGCCUGAUCUCUGCGAAUGUAAACUCCAAACCCUUUAUCUAUUGGCUUAAUUUGCUGGGAGAAUUUCAUACUUGUUUAUCACAUUAUUGUAACUCAUUAGAACCAAUCUGCCUAAUUAAAUAAAUGAGCCUCCUUAUUUUGGAAUA